AUGCCGGAGCGCUCCGGGCCCGGGGCUGCCCGUGCUGGCCGGGCCGGGGCGCGGGGGGCGCAUGGCGUCCUCCCGCCGCCUCCUGCUCAGCACCAUGAAGCAGAUCUGCCUUUGUGCCGCCGCCUCCUUCGCGAGCCAGGACUGGACCAAGAACGACGAGAAGCUGCUGCAGGCCGUGGACUACAACGAUGCCGGGCGGGUCACGUCGCUCCUGCUCCGCAAGGGCCUGGUGCCCACCAAGCUGGACUCGGAGGGCAAAUCCGCGUUCCACCUGGCCGCCACACGGGGCAACGUGGACUGCCUGGAAGCGAUGCUGGCCCACGGCGUGGAUGCCAUGACCAAGGACAGCUCGGGUUACACUGCCCUGCACUUGGCCUCCAAGCACGGGCACCCUCAGUGUGUCAGCAAACUGCUGCAGGCCUCCUGCCCUGUGGAUGUGGCCGAUGGCAGUGGCCGGACCGCGCUGCACCUGGCGGCUGCCAGCGGCUGCAUCUCCUGCUCCGAGAUCCUCUGUGACUUCAAGGCUCCCUUGAACAGCAAGGACAAGGAGGGCUGCACGCCGCUGAUCCUGGCUGCCAAGAUGAGCCACUCGGAGCUGUGCCGGUACCUGCUGCACCGCGGGGCCGCCGUCAACUGCCGGGACCUGCAGGGCAGGACAGCGCUGAUGCUGGCCUGCGAGAGCGGCAGCGUGGACACCGUGGAGGUGCUGGUCAGCGCCGGUGCCCGCGUGGGCGUGGUGGACGCCACCGGCCACGAUGCUGCUCACUACGGGCUGGCCACGGGCAAUGCCCUCAUCCAGCACCUGCUGCAGGAGGCGGCCCAGCGCCGCUCCUGGGCCAGCGAAGAGGAGUCAACUGAGCAGGCGUCACAGACGUCUUCGCCCAGCCAGUCAUCUGUCAGGGAGAAGAGCAGCACCCCGAGGAAGAGGAAGGCCCCUCUGCCUCCCCUGGGCACCCCCAGCCAGGAGGACAGGGACGCCUACGAGGAGAUCGUGCGGCUGCGGCAGGAGAGGGCCCAGUUCCUGCAGAAGAUCCGGGGCUUGGAGCAGCAGGAGAAGCAGAGACGGGAGCGGGCAGAGCAGGAUGAGGCCUCCCUGCGCUCCAUGGAGAAACAGAUCCAGGAGCUGCAGGAGCGGCUGGUGGCACGGGACGGGGAGAAGGAGAAGCUGGGCAAGGAGGUGGAGGCUCUGCGGAGCCGCCUGUCCUCGAUGGAGAAUGAGAAGGAGAACACGAGCUACGACAUUGAGACGCUGCAGGAUGAGGAGGGAGACGCGCUUGAGUUCCCAGGAGCGGAGAUGUUGCUCUCCAAGAAGACGCUGAGCCCCUCGGCUGAGGAGCUGCUGGCCACGCUCCGGGGGCAGGUGCAGUCCCUGACCGUGCAGAACAAGGAGCUGAGGGAGAAAAUCCAGGUGCUGGAGAACUACGAGCGGGACGAGAGCAGCCCCCCUGCCCCGGGGGACACAGUGCCCGCCAGUCAGUACCAGGCCCUGCAGCGGGAGCUGGAGCGGCUGCGGGCGCAGGCCAGGGAGGGCACGGCGCGGGCCGGAGGGGACGGGCAGCGCGCGGCCUCGGAGCCCAGCCUGGGGGGACCCGCGGGGCCCCGUCCCGCCGAGGAGCCGGCCUGGGCCUGGGGCGAGUGCAAGGCGGCGCUGGGCGAGCUGGGGGUGCAGACGUCCUCCUCCUCCUCACCCUCCGGCCAGCCGGGCGCGGAGCUGGCGGAGGCGCGGGCGGCCCUGAAGCGGGCACAGACCGAGCUGGAGGAGCGGGAGCGGCGGCUGAAGGAGCUGCAGGCCCGGCUGGAGGCCGCGGAGGCCGCGGCCUCGCCGGGAGCCUCUGCGGAGGAGGCGUCGCGGGAGAAGGAAGCGCUGCUGGAGCGCUGCGGGCGCGCCGAGGCCGAGGCGGAGGCGCUGCGGCGGGAGCUGCGGGCGAGGCCGCGGGAAGCGCCCAGAGCCGCGGAGCGGCAGCAGACGGAGGCCGAGGCGCUGCUGGCAGAGCUCCGGGCCGCGCUGGCGCGCAGGGAGGCCGAGCUGGGCGCGCUGCGGGAGCGGCUGCGGGAGCACGAGGAGGAGGCCCCGGCGUGGCCGCAGCGGGCGCGGGCCGAGGGCUGGGUGCCCCGGGAGGAGCACGCCCGCGGCACGGCGGCGCUGCAGGAGCAGGCGCGGGCUCUGCGGGAGCGCCUGGCGCAGCUCGAGGCCGCGGCCAACGCCAAGGCCCGCGAGGCCGCCCGGCUGCAGGCGGAGCUGGCGGCGGCCGUGCCCAGGGCGCAGCACGAGGCGGCCGAGGCCGGGCUGCGGGCCGAGGCGGCGGCGCUGGCGCAGCGGCUGCAGGAGCUGGAGCGGCGGCAUGAGAAGACGUGCGAGGAGGUGUUCCGCGUGCAGCGGCAGGCGCUGUUCAUGAAGAGCGAGCGGCAGGCGGCCGAGGACAGGCUGGGCGCCGCGCAUAAGCAGCUGGAGCAGGCCCAGGACGAGGCGCGGCGGCUGCGGGAGCUCCACGGCCACGCCGAGGACGCGGCACGGCUGGUCAGGGACAGGGACAGGAAGAUCACGGAGCUCUCCAAGGAGGUUUUCAGGCUGAAGGAAGCCCUGAACGCCCUCCCCGAGUCGGGGGGGCCCCCACAAUCCCCACCCAACACGGCUGCGCUCCAGGCACGGAUUCAGGAGCUGGAGGAGAAGCUGGAGGUGGGUCACCUGCGGGGUUCGGGGCUCCCCCGAGCCCCCAGCCCUGUGGCCAAACCCCCUCCCUGUGCUGCAGGAGACGGAGACGAGGCACAGCAAGGUGGUGACACUCUACCGGAGCCACCUGCUCUAUGCUGUGCAGGUGAGCUGGGGACAGGGCUGGGGACAGCUGGGGACACUGGGGUGCCAGCCCAGGGACACGCACGGAGCCUCCCUGGUGUCCCCACUCCAACGUGCCCACCAAUGUCCCCUCCACCCCAGGGCCACAUGGACGAGGACGUGCAGAGACUCCUGUGCCAGAUCCUGAGCAUGCAGCGGCUGCAGGAGCAGGGCAGAUGAGCCCCUGCCAGCACGGGUGGCACAGGGACUGGGGGACAGGUCUGUCACAGCACCCUGUGUGUCCCUUUGCUUGUCCGGGCACCCAGCCCACCCCCAGCACAGCAGCAAUAAA